AUGAGGAUGUCCAGGUCCCGCCGGUGCAGCUCCCUGCCGUUCACCACCACCCGUGUGCGCCCUCCCGAUGCCUGUCGCUGCAGCGGACCCAGGGCCAGCUGCUCUAUGCCCGCCUGGGGUUGGGGAACGGGGCAUGAGUGCAAGGGGCAUGAGUGCAUGGGGCAUGAGUGCAUGGGGCAUGAGUGCAAGGGGCAUGAGUGCAAGGGGCAUGGGUGCAAGGGGCAUGAGUGCAUGGGGCAUGAGUGCAAGGGGCAUGAGUGCAAGGGGCAUGAGUGCAUGGGGCAUGAGUGCAUGGGGCAUGAGUGCAAGGGGCAUGAGUGCAUGGGGCAUGAGUGCAUGGGGCAUGAGUGCAAGGGGCAUGAGUGCAAGGGGCAUGAGUGCAAGGGGCAUGAGUGCAAGGGGCAUGAGUGCAAGGGGCAUGAGUGCAAGGGGCAUGAGUGCAAGGGGCAUGAGUGCAAGGGGCAUGAGUGCAAGGGGCAUGAGUGCAAGGGGCAUGAGUGCAAGGGGCAUGAGUGCAAGGGGCAUGAGUGCAAGGGGCAUGAGUGCAAGGGGCAUGAGUGCAAGGGGCAUGAGUGCAAGGGGCAUGAGUGCAAGGGGCAUGAGUGCAAGGGGCAUGAGUGCAUGGGGCAUGAGUGCAUGGGGCAUGAGUGCAUGGGGCAUGAGUGCAAGGGGCAUGAGUGCAUGGGGCAUGAGUGCAUGGGGCAUGAGUGCAAGGGGCAUGAGUGCAUGGGGCAUGAGUGCAUGGGGCAUGAGUGCAUGGGGCAUGAGUGCAAGGGGCAUGAGUGCAAGGGGCAUGAGUGCAUGGGGCAUGAGUGCAUGGGGCAUGAGUGCAAGGGGCAUGAGUGCAUGGGGCAUGAGUGCAUGGGGCAUGAGUGCAAGGGGCAUGAGUGCAUGGGGCAUGAGUGCAUGGGGCAUGAGUGCAUGGGGCAUGAGUGCAUGGGGCAUGAGUGCAAGGGGCAUGGCCAUGGGGGCAUUCAGCGUGGGGAAUGGGGUGCAUGGGGCAUGGUCCAUGGGCCAUCGGGGAUGGGGCAUGGGGCAUGGCGCAUGGGGCAUGGGGCAUGGGGCAUGGGGCAUGGCGCAUGGGGCAUGGCGCAUGGGGCAUGGGGCAUGGCGCAUGGGGCAUGGCGCAUGGGGCAUGGCGCAUGGGACAUGGGGCAUGGGGCAUGGGGCAUGGGGCAUGGGGCAUAG